GUGUUUUUGUUGAUGCUGUAAAUUCCAUGGGCCAAACUUCUCUCUUCUUCGCUGCAUUGCUAGGUCUUGGUAAAAUAGUGGAUGUGCUGUUGGAUUAUGGCUCAGCUGCUAAUCAUCGCUGUUACGAUGGGAGCACCCCGGUCCAUGCAGCUGCCUUCUCAGGAGAUCAGUGGAUUCUUAGCAAGUUACUGGAUGCAGGAGGUGAUCUGAGGGUACAUGAUGAAGGUGGAAAAACUCCUCAGUACUGGGCUAUGUCAGCUGGCAAAGAAAGCAGUGCUCAGAUGCUGGAGUUCAUCCAGCGCUGUACCUUCCACAUGCAGGCUGCCAUUCAGAACUUUCCCUCUGAUCUACUCAGGAGAGUUGACUCAUCAAAAGAGCUGGUCUGCAGUCCAUCUAGGUUUGGUGGCCUUGUUCAAGGAAAUGCUGAGAGUCCACUGGGUAGAUUGCUAAAACGUGAAGCUAACACAGCCAAGAACAUUUACAGCUUUGGUUUUGGGAAGUUUUAUCUUGCAGGCAUUGGGCAUCUAGGGUACUUGGCAUCAAUCCCAAUUAUUCAGGAAAAAGAUGUGUUUCAGGCAGAUGAUGAACCAGCAUUUUCAUACAGUGUUGGACCAUACAUGAUCAUGACAAACUUAAUGUGGGGAAGCAGCAGAGUUACAGUGAAGGAACUCAGCUUUGAGCCCCACCAGAACUGCAGUAAACUGCGCUUAGCUGAUCUCCUCAUUGCAGAGCAGGAACACAGCAGUAAACUCCGUCAUCCUCAUUUGCUGCAGCUGAUGUCAGUUUGUCUGUCUAGUGACUUGGAGAAAACCCGUUUAGUCUAUGAAAGGGUUAAUUUUGGUUCUCUCUACAGCAUCCUUCAUGAAAGGCGGGCGGAGUUCCCCGUGCUGCGGCUGCAGACGGUUCUGCAGGUGCUGCUCCAGACCGGCGAGGCGCUGCGCUUCCUGCAUGCCCGCGGGCUGCUCCACCGCUCCCUCUCCUCCCACGCCGUCCAGCUGCUGGCGCCGGGGGAGGCAAAGCUCUGCAACUUGGAGUUCGUGGUGGAGAGCAAAGAUGGAGGAGAACAUAGUGAUCUGACACGUAUUCCUGUCCCAGUCCAGCUGCAUAAGUGGUGCUCUCCUGAAGUAAUCCUUGAAAAAGUUGUCACAGUCAAAUCAGAUAUUUAUAGCUUCUGCACGGUGGUGCAGGAGGCCUUGACAGAGACCCCUCCCUGGAAAGGCCUUGAAGACUCAGUUAUUAAACAGCUCAUCAUUUCAGGACAACAGCUGGAAGCAGAUGCCAGACUCCCUAUGCCCUAUUAUGAUAUUGUGAAGUUAGGUCUAGAACCUAAACAGAAGAACCGUUCCAUAAAACUUCAGGAUAUUCAGUAUAUACUGAGAAAUGACUUAAAGGACUUAACUAAGUCUCAAACUGGUCAUGCUGAAGAAAUGUCAAAAGUACAAAGACGUGUUUUUGCAGAUGUGAACAUCUGUUUGGCAUCAGCUUUUAGCCACCAGAAGAGAACACAGGAACUGCAGGGAAAAGAGAGAACUGAGGCUGGUGACUCUACCACCCCAAGAUCCUCUCUUUUUUCUGAGGAGACUAGUGCUUUAGUGAACCAAGAGGCAUCCACCAGUCUACAGCCAGUUGCACAAGACAAAAAUUAUGAUGUAUCUUCUGAGCUCCAGACAGCCCUCAGUGUCAGUGAUGUGGAUGACAGCCUCUGUAGCUUUGAAAUCAAUGAGAUCUUUGCCAGUUUUUCAGAACUUGAAGACUUCCUGGAAGAAGGAGCUGGAUUAGGUCAGAUUCUAAAGGAUGAAAAAAGGCAGCAAAAGGAGGAAGAUCCUCCUGCAUCCCCUGGAGUGCACUGUGAGGAAAAGCCAGUUUGUGAGGAAGGUGACUCUUCAGAGUCAAGUACAGCAGACACCAUGGGAGAGGGGGACAGGAUGAGUGAGGCCUCUAAGGUCUGCAUGCUGGCACAGAGGAAUGGAGAUGGAGGGAGAAGAAUGAGCAGUCUGUCUCGAAGUGAUCAGUACCUCAGCAAAUGUGUCCUUUAUUUAAAGAUUUCUCAAAGCAUGUUGCAGCAGGCAGCAGCUUCCCUGUGCAGAACCCAGGAGAAGCUGGACAAAUCAGAGGCUGCUGAAAAGCAAAAGAGGCUGCUGCAGGAAAUCAAAAUGAAUGCACAUUCUAAGCAGAUUUUUCAAGAAAGAUACUGGAACAGAUCUGAUGAUGCUUCCCAAAAUACCAAUUACCCUUUUUCUGGAGGUAAUAUUUUUUUAUGGAAGCCUGUAGGUCCACCAUCAAGAGACUAUAUUCCACCACUGAUAAGAUGCCAGGCACAAGGAGCGUUGGUUGGAGACAGUUUCCAAGCUGUUUCAAAGACAGCAAAAGAAAUGGAGGCAAUUCAGAAUGAAAAGUGGGAGUGCCUUCAUGAGAUGACUAAGAGUAGAAAUGAAAACAACCAUCAUGAUCUCAGCUUCAGUGUGGUGAAAAGCCUGGAUGAUCAAAUGAGCCUAGACUGUGAGGUAAGUCAGCAUUCACUCCCACAAGUAUCUGUAAGGUGCAAAAAAAAGCUGGACUUGCAGUGUCAAGGAGGAGGUGAUUCACACUCUGCAGCAAGUGAAAGUGAAGAAGAGAGGUGGUGCUAUGCAAAAUCAAGAUCUGAAAUUUAUGGUACAAAAAGAAGUGAGAAGAGAAGGAUGAUGCAAUCAGAAUGGAGGACUGAAGUGAAGCAAAUGGCCAGAAGAGUGGCCUCAGGACAACUAGAGCUCAGCUCUCCAUAUUCAGCCACUGAAUGUACAUCUGAAAGUGAAGCAGAGAGUAUGAAGGAAGCCUUUCCACAUGUCACUGAUAGAGUCCAGAGAAGUCAAACCCGACAACAAUAUAGGUGGCAGGCAGGGGGUAAUGUUGAGCCUUGGGAGCUGGGCAGUGAGGAUAGAUCUGAAUCUGAGGAGAGUGAUCUGGAAUAUGCAUUCAGAAGUUCUGGAGAGAGAAGUUGCCAGUCACCAUCACAAGAUGAACAAACAGAGUAUGGAAUAACUGUUCAUAAGACUUCAGUCCUUCCUCAGCAAGCUGAGAAUCUGUCUAGAGGGUAUGCAAGGGAAUUACAUUGUUCCCUUAAGUCAUCUCCUGAUCUGUCUGAAGAAUUCUUGACUCCUGAUUAUUUCCUUCUUCCUGCCACUCAGGGAAGUUCAGAACUAGAGACCUCAAACACUGGGGGCAAAUUAGAAGAUGCUUCUGAAGUUUUUUUACAGAAACAAUUACCUGAAGAUGCAGGAUCAGAUACUCAGGCUUCAGGAGGAAGAGGAGUGUCCUGCAGCAGCACGGUGCAGAACUCUGGCAGUAACACACUAGGAGUGAAGCAGCUCAGCCAUUUGCCUGUGGCCAGUGUUAAAGCAGCACAAACAGUGACACUGUGGGAGCCACAGGAAGAACACAAAGAAGAUGUAUCAGUGACAGAUAUUCAGGAUUUGUCCAGUAUCCCCUGUGAGCAAGAGCACUGCUGCAGGGACGUGGGCUGUAAAACCCCCCGCGUCAGCCGCGCCCCGGCCAGCGUCAGCACCCCGCUCAGCACAGAAAAAAUUCCAAUAGCCUUUGAGAGAUACAAACACUACCACGAAGUAGCUUCAGAUUGUUCCUUCUGUGCUUCUCAAGAGACCUCCUCCACAGUGUCCAGGACAUUCAUUACAGCCUACGAAGGGGGAGGGAGCACUGAAAUUCCUGCAGUUGUUCCAGGAGAUUGCUCAUCUGAACUGAAUGAGCCUCAUGGGUUGCCAGCAGUUGCUUCAACCUUGAGGAGCACCAGGAAGACAUGUGCAUUCCCACAGGCAUCUGACAACUUCAUUGAUGAGCUGCCUCCACCAAUCCCAGAGCUGCUGGAUGAAAUUGAAUAUAUAAAGCAGCAAGAUUCCAUUGCUCAAGACUUUAAAGAGGAGGGAUUGCACGGCUGUGGAGAGCAAGUAAAUGUUCUGGAUCAAAUGAAAAUGGAAGACAGAGAGUCAAAAACAGAAUCUCAGAGAAAUGAGAAGAGAAAUCAUAGUUUAUGGAUUGAGUCAUUUAAUCUAGCAGAGGAAACAGAAAGGGCUCACUCUACUCUUGAUGAUGUUUUAGACAGGAUGCUCCAUGCAGUUCCUGGAGACGAGAUCCAAGAACAACCUCAGGGACACACUCUUGGGGCUGCAGGUCUGCAAGAUGCAGAAGAAGGUGGAAGGAAGAAGGGAGUGGAGGAAGGAGGAGCCAGGGCCGGAGGCAGAGCGCCGGAGAGCUGUGCAGGGAGCUCAGCAGGUCCUCUUCGACUGCAGAGCCACGGGAUGCAUGCUGGGCAGUAUCACAUUGGUGACAGCACUGAAUUUGUCAAGCUUCCACAGGCUGGGGCUUUUCUACUUCUCUUGAUUUCCCCCAUCUGGGUGCUGUUUCUACCCUGUGCUUUUAAAGGAGAGCAAGCUGCUGCAGACUUAAACUCUGCAGAGACACUUGAAAAUUUUCUGAUUUGGGGGACAGUUAAGCCUGAAGGCAUCAUGGAGCAUUGGCUGGAGUUGCAGAGUGUCUGUCACAGUGAGAGUGUGGUUUCCUCCACUAACUGGGAGGCACUGGCAGGCAGCUGGUAG